UUUUCUCUCAUAAUAGUUAGCUCUUCCGAGGUACGAAAUAUGCUGGAGUCAGCCUGAGUACAGUUUUCUGUGUAAACAUUUACAUAACAGAAAUCUUCAAAGGUAACACAUCAAAUUGUGUUGAUUAUCUAGAUUUAAGAACCUUAUGGCUAAAUUCCAAUAGACUUGUGUUGGAGAACACCAUCUGUAUCCAGAGUGAAUCAAAAGGUAGCAUGAAAAUACUUUGUUGUCGUUAUUGUUUGCUCGCUUAUUUUUUCUUUCUGAUCUAAUUUCUCUUGUGCAGCAUGAUUAAAUGUAAAUAUAUGUUUAUUAGGGGGAAAAAGAAAGUUAUGGCUAAAAUAUAAAUAAUGUACAUCAAACUUUUAAAGUGGGUUAUCAACACAAGUUUUGCUGCUGCUGUUGUUGUUUUCCCUUUCUGGAAAGUGAGCUGUUAAACACUUACCAGCACAGCUGUUCUCAUUUAGAAGGGUCGAUUCUAAGAUUACUUUUAGAUAGGGGUGGCAGAAGGCCAAUCUUUACCACGGUGUGCAACAGGCUGAAAAGGUGGGGCACGCUUAGUUUGGCUGGGCUAAAUUAGACGAGAAAAAUGGCCAUUUGGGUGUGAACAACAACCUCAAAAAAGACGGCUUUUGCUCCACCUUUCAGAAACAGCAGAGAGUCUACACUGAAGUUAGGAAAGUAACGGGACUUUUUAGUCCUUCCUUCUGCACGUACAGGAAAGAGAAGGCAGGGUAGCCCUCCGCAGUCCCACGGGGAACAGAAAUGACCACAACAGAAGGGAACGAGGAUCGGAAGGGUGUUUGAGGCUCCGCCCUGAUCAGCCCAGGACUUUAGAGAUUGGGAAAGUGGAGGAGAGGCGAGAAGACUAGGGGGAGAGGGUGGUAAAGAAGAUGGCAGGAAGAGGGAGUGUACAAAGUUCGGGGGAGGAGACAGAAGGGAAAGAGAAAAGAGCGGGUAGGAGGAGUGGAGAGAGCGGAGAAACAGAGGAGAGCUGGGAGGGAGGAAGCUGGCCGCGAGAAGACUAGGGUAGGAAGCAGUGAGGAUCUGCGGAGAAAGGAGGGGCGGACUAGCUGGCAGCUAACGGGGUGGGGGGCCGCGGCGGCCGCGGGGAGGAAGGAAGUCCCUGAAAUCCUUGCCUCCUGGCUCGCCGCUAGCCGGGCGCUCGGCUCGAGGCGCAUUCCAGGUCCGCACGGCCGCCGCCGCGCCCCAGGGCCAUGCGCCCCCCUCCGCCGCGCCAGCCCCCGCCGCCGGCGGCCGGGGCGCGGAGCUCGGUGAGCUUGCAGAGAUCCUUCCUGCGGAGUCCGCUGGGCAUACUGCGGCUGCUGCAGCUGCUGGCCGGAGCCGCCUUCUGGAUCACCAUCGCGUCGAGCAAGUACCAGGGCCCCGUGCAUUUCGCGCUCUUCGUCUCCGUGUUCUUCUGGCUGCUGACCGCCGGCCUCUACUUCACCACCCUGCUGGGCAAGCACGAGCUGGUGCCGCUGCUGGGCUCCCGCUGGCUGCUCACCAACGUGGUCCACGACCUGCUGGCGGCCGGCCUGUACGUGGCGGCCUCGGGCAUCAUGAUCGACCAGACGCUGAAGCACACCUAUUGCAACCUUGAGCAUUACUUGCUGCCCUGCGCCUUCAACGCUUUCCUGACCGCCUCAGUUUGUGGCUGCUUCUGCCUCUCGCUCUACCUGCUCUCGGCGUUCUACUCCUCCUGCCGCCGCUGCCGGGGCCACCAGGACUUUGCGUGAGGCCGGUCAGGGCCGCCGGGGGGAAGGGGAACAGCCCAGCCUCUUACCACCCCCCCCCCCCCCGCCUCCCUCUCUAGGUCCCUUCCUCUCCCUUCUGCACAGCCCCAUUCUCCAGCUACCCGCCCUCCCGAUCCUCCAGCCUCCUUCGGAGGGCUCCUUUUGCCCGGCCGCCCCACUUCCUCCCUCCCGCCCCCCCCCCAUUGCCCACAAGACCCAGCCUGUACCGAGGCACAAAGAGUUGGACAAACUGUUGCACGCACAGACACUCAAACAGUGGACCAGGGAGCGGAUGCCCCGACAGUCUCCAAAACGCAUAGAUGGGAAUUGAAAGCUUGGACGCAAGCCAGUGACACUUUGCAAGUUUCCCGGGCCGGCUGCAAACUGUGAAAGAGGUAGAGAAAGACAGACUGGAGGAUCCACCCGGGGCUGGCUUGUCCGUGAAAGCCCCUUCGCCACUCCCACAGCUAGGCUCCUCUCCCCUCCCUACAUUUAAACGUGGACAGAGACGCCCGCGUGGAUCCGGGGAAAGCUCUUCAAAUGAAGCCUGUUCUGUAGCGGUUUCUUAACCCCUCCUUUCCUUCUCCGGGAGGAGCUCACCACCCUUUCCUUUGGCCCCUCUUGCAGCCGCUACUCCCUUCGGGCCAGGCGGCAGGCUGUCAGCCAGCCAGCCAGUUACUUGGCUUCCAGGCAGAAUAAACGAGGAGCCAGGAAGGCUAUGGGCUGAGGCUCCAAGAACAAGUUUAACCCGCGGCAGGGCCACGCCUUUUUGCAUCCUCCCGGAUGACCAGUAUCCUCAGCUGAGUAGUUUUUUGUGUUAUUGUGACCUGGCGUGGUGCUCCAGAUUGGGCAGUACAUCCAGCAACUUAGUACUGCGUACCGGGGAAUAUGCCAAAAUACCAAAAUACUUUUAGGUGCUAGAGAGUCUCUGCCAUCUUGCACACCAAGACACACAGCCCCUCCUCACCCACUUACAGAAACCUGUUCACAUAUGUGUGACUUGACCUAGUUGCCUUAUGGGCCUUAGGGGCCACAGCUUUAUAAAAGACUAGAGCAGGAAAAAAAUCUUAUCCACCAUCUUCUAGUACAAUUUCAUCGAUUUAAAGAUGCGGAAACGGGUCACCUAAAAGUGAAUCCCUUCCUUAAACUUUGAAGACUGGACUAAAAGUUUUCUGGCCUCCUGACAUUCAGAUUAGUGCUUUUUCUAGUAAACUAAAGCUGCCUCUCAGUCUAGAGCCGUGGAGGGUCAGAAUGUGUCUAACAAGAUAUGAAGUACUUGAUUACCAUCAGUUUUACCAAUCCUGACGAAUGAGAUCCAAUUUAGCUGUCUCAGUCUGUCCAGAGGUUUGAGGGCUAAAUUCUAACAUUCAUAAACUUUGUGGUACCCAAGAGCGGAGCAGGAUUAGUUUGCAGAUUAGGAGAUGAAAGUUGAAUUUGAGUUAGCUAUAUGGGAAAUGAGAUCUUUGCAGUUUCACUCAGGGAAAUUAUUUUAGGAGACUUGGGUGGGACUGGUGGGGAAAGGUAUAUUAUGGAAAGUUCUAUGAAAUUAUGGCUUCUUUCGUUUUUGAUAAGUGAGAACUUGUUAAAAUUUUAGCUCUCUCUGGGACUGGUCAUUUUAUCUACUUUACAUCUCUUUGGAAAAUAAAUUGAGCUCCAUCUAGACUAUAUUUCUCCUUCCCCCCCCCCCCCCAAAGAGCUGACUCUUUUACAGUGGUGAGAAGCAGCUUCACGAUUCUGAAACCGGGUGAGAAUCCCUGUGGUUUAUCUAGAGUCUCUGCAAUUUAGCACUCAUCUAUUGAACAGCAAAGAGAAGUCUUCUGAAGGUUGGAGAAUCAGAGAUUAUACCAACGAACCUUUUGGGAGUGAUGUUUGGCUAUGAAGGUCCCUGAAAGCUUGCAGAAUUGAGAGAAGAAUCCAAGCAACUGGCCACAUUAGCCAUCUCUUCAUCUUGUUUGGGAUGGUCAUUGGGGGGUGACUGAGAAGACAGCUCUGGACAGAAGAAGCAAGAAAUUUUCAAAGUUUACCUGAGCAAUACUGGAACAGCACUAUCUAGGCAACUCUGCCAGCAACUGGUUCCCAGACCCUGUAACACAUGACUUUAGGGUAGUGUGUAACUAAGUUUGGGCUCCUCCCAAGUGGGUGUGCACAUGUGUAUGUAUAUAUGUAUAUACACAAAUCUGAUUUCUCUCUGCCAGUGUUUGAGUGCUGCAUAUUCCAGACUUCUGACAAGCAAUGAACAGAACUUAUUUAAUUCCCUAAUUUCUCUUCUUCCUCUUCCUCCUCCUCCUCUUCCUUUUCAUCUUCCUCCCCCUCCUCUAUUUUUUCCUCCUCCACUUUCUCCUUUUUCCUUUUCUCCUUUUCUACUUUCUCCUCCUCCUCCUCUUACUAUCAUCCAAGCUACAUCUUUCUCUUUGACCUAAUUGUUCCUAUUCCAAGUGCCACUCGGGAUCUCCCCUCACUUUUGUUAUUCAUGGGUGCCUUGCCGAUGCUGACAUCACUUAGAUUACUUACCAUUAGAUCUCAUUUGUGGCCUUUUUAAUGUCAUCAUCAGCCUUUUGCCUUUGUCCGACAGAUGAAUUAUGCUUCUUAGCUUUCCAGUGAAUAAUAGAAGACCAUCUGAUUUCCUAGAUGUACCAUUGGCCUUUAACCCUCCAAAAUCCUUGCCAACCUAACUUUCUUGCCUUCCAAAAUGGAGAAGAUUUUAGGAUUGAUAUGAAAAUCCCUUUUCCUUCCCCAUUCAGCUACAUUUUCAAGCUCCAGUCUCAUUCAAUGUUAGUGGGAAUCUAGUCUCAGAGACAUUCCAAUCCUAGAGGCUCCUCCUAGGCUAGAAUCAGUCUCUUUGUUGCCAGGACUCAAAUCUUCUCAGUCGGAAUUGUGCCAAAGACAAGUUCACUAUCCAUUUCCCUGAAGACCCUAUGAUUGGCUCUUAGUGCAGACUUUCCAUGGCUGCUUGCUGAACAUGACCUACUAAGUCUCCAGCUGGACCAACUUAGGAAGGCAGCUAAACAACAGCCAACUGUGGCAGUCUUGAAGUUUGGGAAGAUCUGUCUCAGUGCAUUCUCAAUACAUUCAUUUUGUGCAGGGAUUUUUUUUUUAAACUAACCUGCUUUUCUGAAUAAAAUUUUGUUCAUAUUUCAUAUGGGAGGUGGGUGAAUUAUCAUCUAGGGUGUCUUUGAUUUCGUAGAGCUUUGCUUUUGUACCUUAGUUGCUUUUUUUUUUUUUUUUCUUGGCCUUCCACUAGAAGAAGAAAUAUUAGAGCAUUCCCCUAGGGAAGAGGAAAUAGAACUAGCAGAGAAAUUUAGAGCCUGAGGCUGUGGAGAAAAGAAACCUUGUUUUUAUCUGCCUCUGCCAUGCAUGUUUGUGUAUGUCAGUGAAGAUGCAAUUUGAAAGAUAUAAAUGUGAGAUGUAGGAUCUGGGAAAUAUCCCCCUACUUUUGCAGUUGCCUACAGGCAUCUCCCGCUGCCAAGGGGCAGUAUAGGAUCCCGAUAUUCCUCUGACUCUGGCAGCAGCCUGAUUCCUUGGGGAUGGGAUGGGGAGGGACAGGGGCUCUUGCUUCAGUUCAUAAUUCUGUUGGACAGUCUCACUCUGAGACAGGGUUUCCUGAGAUCAGGAACCAAAAAGAAGAAAAUGUGUCUGAUACAGUCAGGAAAGGACUUUGUGGUAUUUUGGAGGAUCCAGCUCCUGCCUGGGGCUCUCAAUUGGCUCUCUAUUUGUAAGCCAGCAGGGCAAUCAACCCCCCAGAGCCUAGUGGGCUGCAGAGUUGAAAUGAAUAGCCUCCUAACUUCUCCCAGUCAGUGUGAUCUUUGCAAAACAGCAUUAUUCUAUUCAUUGUUCCCCUUCUCAAAAACCUUUAAUGAUCUCCCACAUUUUGGGAGAGCACAUUUCAAAAAGUCAGAGGAAAAAUAGAUUAGAUUCUAUGGACUAAAAUAUGUAGUUACAAAAUCAUCGAGUCAGUCAUUUACACAGUUGCUAAUUUUCUAGGCAAUUUGCUAGGUGUCACAGUAGAUAAGGUAUAGACUUGGAAUCUGUUAAGACCUGAGUUCUAAUAUUUCCUAGCUGUAUAAUUCUGGGAAAGUAAUUUAAUCUCUCCCAAAUAAGUUCUCUUAUCUAAAAAAUAAUAAUAGUUAAUAGUAUCUGCAUCACAAAGUUGUUUUAAGGAUCAAAUGAGAUAAUUUAUAUAAAGAGCCUUGUAACUUUAAAGUUCUAUAUGAGUGUUAGCAAUUAUUUUUAAUUCCUCUCAUAAAUCUGAUGCUUACUGUUCUAAAAAUAUACAUAGAAUCCAUGGGAAGAGUGGGCUCAAACUUAGAGUAAAAUAAUAGUGAGGCAGAGUUAUAGAAUAUGGCAAAAGUAACUUAUAUAAUUUCUGCUACCUAAGGGCUUGGACGUCCUUUCUCCAGAUCUUUUACAGAUUCACUUCCCUAUUCCCUGGGGUUGUUUGACGUGAUGACAGUUUGACAGUUAAUUUAGGUAUGUGCAACAUUUCUGCUGGGCAGGUUAGAUUAUCGGGGUCUUUUCUCCACAUACCAAAUUGUGAUUACCAGCUCCUAUUUGCAUUAUGUCAUCUUAGUAAACAACUUUGCAGAGAGUUAAUUGUGUCUAUUAGGAUUUCCUCACAGAGAUACAUCCUUAGAAAUUGAAUGGCAACUGUCCUCAAGGGGUACUACAUUUAUGUUUUGUAUCUAUUAGUAUUUGGACAUGUUUCCUCCAAUAGAAUGUAAGUUUCUUGAGAGUAGGUAAAUGAGAAAAGCAAGGUGUUGGGGAGAGGACUGAGCAAUCCAAACACUCUAGAAUUCUCAGUGAAGAGAAAAAUUUCUUCCAGCUGGCCCUCUUCACUUCAUAUGCUCUAGAUGAUAGCCUAGGGAUAAAGAAUUUUACUAGUGAGUACAGUGGCAAUGAUAUUCCUAACUUUUUGCAAACAUUAUCCUAAGUAGAAUGUAUGAUCUGGAUUUUCCAAAGUCCCUGAGGAUAGGGAGAACUGGGACUGGUUGGAAGGAGACACCCUCUACACACAUACAUACCAUUGGUUCCCUGCAAGACUUCGAGACCUCAUCCAAAAAUAUGAACAAUGCUGCUUCUCUCUCUGCCCAUUUCCCUAUCCCUAUCCCUAGGGGUUGUUUGAGGUGAUGGUAAUUUAAUGGUCAUAGUCAAUUUAGAUUAUUAUUAUUUUUUUAAGUCAGAUCUUUAGAAAUCACAUUAUUCAGUCUUUUCUCAGAUUUUACAGAAGAGGAAGCUCUCACUUGUAGUCAGUAGUCAGAAAGGGGUGAUACUUUUUCCAGCACUCACACUCAUACACAUGGGAUGUGUGAUCAGGUGAAAGGGAUAGAACAAACAAAAUUAUCCUAAAUUUUGCCUUCAAAUGGAGGAAACAAUUGUGAUCUAUGGGUGGGGUCAAUAGGAAGACACUAGAACUCUGUUUUAAUUGAUUUCUAUCUAAUAGACAAGGAGGGGUCAUUUCUUAGACUCAUUGGCAAGCAAAACUUUCCCCAAUGCUGACCCUGGGUAAUGAGUGAUCUAGAUCUUUAUCUGGCUCUCUCAUUCUAUCCCACGCUACAUGUGUUUACCAGAGACUCUUUACAUCUGUAGAUUUGCCUAUUAAAUCCCUCACUGAGCCCAGGGAAGGGGGGGGUCAUUUUGCACGUCUGAGUUUAUACCCUGAAAAGGUUUUUUUUUUUUUUUUAAAGAAAUAAAGGGAGAGAGGAAAAGGUACCUGAAGCACAAGGAGUGGGUGAUGGUUGCCUGCUUGAAAAUCUAACUGAAGAUCUAUUUAUGGGUUUUUUUUUAAUGCAUUAGGAGGAAGAUUAUGCCUACCAGGCAUUCAAUUUUUACUUUUAUUUGCUUAAAUUGGAUAAAUUACUCACUGAGAACAGCUUCAGUGGAAAUUUUCAUAAAAGGAAGAAGUGAUGAGUAAUUUUUCCUUCCUAGUUCCCUGACCUCCCUUUAUUUUUGUAAAUCACUUAUAGGGCAAUCCAAUAAAACCCUUUUUUUUUCUUUUUAAA